GUUCGUAUUACAUUUAUUACAUUAGCUUGGUCGCUUCUGAUUGAUUUUUGUUAUCAACUUUACUUUGUUAUGGCAUGGCAUGGCUAUUUUAAUGCUUGAUCGAACUCGAUCAAUACUUUCAUACAAGUUCUGAUGACGGACGCCAUAUACUUCUAUUGUCAUCUUAUGCGUUUACUAGAUUUCGGCAAACUUUAAGUAAGGAGCGUAAUUAAUUUAUUAAUGUAGCCAUGUAGCCUAAUAUUAUUAAUAUUAAUAUUUACUACUAAUAAUAACUAAUAAUAAUACUAAUAUAAGUCCAAUAAUAAGCCUUGGUAAGCCUUAUUUAAUAAGUAGUUACGUAAAUACUCGGCUAAUAUUAAGGACGGCUGCCACGGCGUCUUUUGUGUGUUUAUUAUAGUAUAGUUGCUUAAGGGAUCGAUUUAGGGUUCAGGUUAGGCAUAGUGGCAUAGGGAUCGAUUUAGGGUUCAGGUUAGGCAUAGGGAUCGAUUUAGGGUUCAGGUUAGGCAUAGGGAUCGAUUUAGGGUUCAGGUUAGGCAUAGGGAUCGAUUUAGGGUUCAGGUUAGGCAUAGGGAUCGAUGACUUCACGUGACGUGUCAACCAAGAAGGGCGGCCACUGAUAAAAUAUUGGCAUUUUCAGUGACCAUUUACCCAAAUUACGAUAAAUACAUCUCACUCAAUACUCAAUUCAAUACAAAUGGAAAUGUAAUUUAAAUAUUUUUUAGAAGCCUAUAACUAUAUAUCUAAACUAGUAGUAGGUUAAUUUAAUCGAGUUUAUAGAGGUCCGUUAUUUUAGUAAGUAUAGUAAUUAAUUAUAAUUGACAGUAGUAAGAAUAUUGACAGUACUAAUUUUAAUUAUUAGGGCCUGCCUACUAAUUAUUCAACUCUAGCUACCUUAGCCGCCUUAUGGCCUAAUCAGAUCACAGUUAAAUCAGUCUAAUCAUUAAUCACUUAACUUGAAUCUGAGUAAUCAUCAUUCAUACCUAAUGAUGACUAAGGUGACUUAUACUAAUCACUUUACUACACAAAAAAUCAAACAAACACAACUAACAACUCAACUCACCCAACUGUUUAAUCAAUUUUUUAUUAAUAAUUAACUUUAAGUAAAAAUUAUAAUAUUUAAAACAAAAAUUAUAAUAAUAAUAGGUAAAAUAUUGUUUUAGCCAAUUUACUUUUACCCACAAAUGUCCACUAUCCUUUCAGUGAACUAAUUAUUCAACAGUAAUUUUCAAGAUGGAAAGUAAAUAUUUAGUAGGAAAGCUACAAGGCUACGUCAUCCCAAAAAAGUAUAUAAAAUACACAUAUUUUGCGUGAAAAAUGCAGUUUUGGAACCCUCGCAAGUUAAGCUAGCACGGCGUGUUUCCCUUUGCACCCGGGUUUGCCUUCUAAUAAACUUUGAAAGGCAACCUGGUAAUGGGUUAGGGGAUAUGAAAAUUUGACUUUUUAAAGGUACUAGUUUCUAGAUUUCGGAUAUUGAACAAAGACAUAUUUGUGACAAAGGUUUAAAUAUUAAUUAAUCAAUUUCUUUAGCAUUGUUUUGGACCUAUUGAGCAAUAAAGCACCUGUUGCUGUCUCAUUUAAAGUUAUUUUACUAAGUCUUUUUCCUUUAUAUUACUGAUACAUUCAAAUUUUAUAACAAUAGGAGCACAGAAUUUUUUUCUACAAGUAGAACAUAUCAUUGUCAGAAGAACUCAAUGAUGUUAUGAUAUAAGUUCACCAAUUUUUAUUAAAUACAAACAUUUGCAUUACCAAGUGCAAAUAUUGUAGCACAUAGAUAGUAAAUAUGAAAAUUAUGUGGAACACUCAUGUUAAAAAUUUCUUUUAAAAAUACAAUUUCUACAAUUUAAAACUACCUUUUACAAACUUUUUUUAGAGAAGUGUUCUGUGUUGACCAUAUAACAAGAAAUAUAAAUUUAUAAGAGAUGGAAGGGGAUACAAUUGUGCAUGUCAACAUUAAAGACCCAAGCCAAAGGCGGAGCAACAAAAUCGGAGAUGCUAAUGCAGAUGAAGUAGAGAUGGUGAGUAUGAUCUCUUGAUUAAAUGGAAAAAGACUAAAUAUAGCAACAUUUUAUUAGAAGGGUCUUAUUAACCUAACAUAAAAAUAUGAAAUAAAUAGUUUUUAAAAUAUUGAAAUAAAAAAAAAAAUAGUUACUUAUGAUCUCUAAUCAAUCAUUUUACUAUAUUUUCAUGCAAACGUUUAAAAAAAAAGUCCCUUAUAAAGCAGUAUUUUUAAAAUUGCAUGUGUAUAUGUUUAUUUGAACAUAAAUUAUUUUAUGCUGUGAAAUGUAAUGGGCUUAACAUAUUCACACAGUUUAUCUACUUCCUUAGCAUUUACUCAGUCCUGUUAUUUGUGAUCUCAACUAUAAAAAUCACUCGGCAAACUCAGUUGAAGAUCUACUUGGCAAGGCACCGAAAAGACAUUGUCGUAUGGAGAGUUACCCUUCCCAAGCUUCAGUGAGAUUAACAGAGGUUUUCCCAAUAGACGAAAGAAUACACAGUAAGGCUUUCAGCUUUCAAAUAUUUAAUUGACUUAAUUCCCAUUUUCAUUAGCAGUUAUAUAUGAUUUAUUGCCAGAUAUUAUAAUAGACUCUAUUUCAUAACUUGCUAGACACAAGUUCAAGCUGGAGAAUGCCUUUGAAUGUAUUUACCUCAAAGAAAUCUAAAGAACUUGGUUUGCAAGCCCAAAAGCUACCGAAAGGCAUCAAGUAUGUAUACAUUUAAAAAUAAUAUUUCAACACAUUCUGAUUUGUUUAACAAAAGAAAAAUUACCAAUGUUUCUUUACCGAAAUCAGUUUUUCCUACUGUCCUACUAUUUAAUUUACACUUUAAAUAUUUCAAGGUUUUAUAACUAUAUUAAGCUAAAUAUAUAUAUAUAGCUGGAAACAAUAGAAAACAUGAAAGAUACUGAAUUUAUCUUAACCAUUUCAUAAAUGCAACUAUUAUUAAAAGUGAUAAGUAAUUAAGUGAUUAUAUUCUCAUUUUGGAUUUUUAAAAUCUUAAUGAUGGAUACUGAAUAAAGUUAUCUUUCUUAUUGAUUGCAGAUCAUUUUAUGAGCGCCAGGAUGAGCUUAUUGCAGCAUAUGAGAGCAUGGCUACUGAUUCCAGGCUGGAUGUACUGGCCAGAAACAUCAAAGAACCUGGCAAGAUUGUCACCAGACUGUCUCAGAUUUCAUUUCUUGUUAACUUAGUGGGUGAAAUUUAAUUUAAUCAGUCCACAGUUAAGCAUCUUGUCCUCCCCAAUACUAUGGAAAAUAGUUUAAAUGGAAACCUUCUAACUGAAUUUUUAUAUACCAGUAUUUUAAAGUGUUUCUUUUUUUUUUUUUUUAGAAAUCUGAUUCUAGAGUGUUGUAACUUCUUUAAUUUAUAUGUUUCAGCAAAAAGGUCAUCUUAUUUUACUAUUAUUUUAUUUGUUUUUUUUUUUUACAGUAUUUUUAAGUGUUUUUUUUUUUUUUUUUUUUUUUAGAAAUCUGAUUCUAGAGUGUUGUAACUUCUGUAAAUGAUAUGUUUCAGCAAAAAGGUCAUCUUAUUUUACUAUUUGCAUCAUCUUUAAAAUAUAUUGUUUCUGGUUUAACUCUCUGACAUUAAAGCCUUAGAGACCUCCAACAUAUAUUAUUUUGUUUUUUCCUUUCUCAAAUUUUAUGAAGAACCAAAAAUGGAAAAAUUAUAUUUUAUAUUCUGUUAACCAACAUUGGAUUCAACCUUGAAACAGACACCAUGUGUAUGGUGGGUUAACUUAUCUUUCAUUAGCAUAUAAAAUAAAAUAUCUUUGAGACCUUGUCUAUUAUGUUUUGAUACGGGUAACACAAUUCUUCUUAAUCCAUAGAUGCUCAUGAUCGCCAAAGCUGUGGCUGUUGGGAUGUCCAACUCCAUGUCUAUUAUCUCCAGCCUUGUGGACUCUGUUGUGGACCUGAUGUCUGGCAUAAUUAUUUGGUGGACAACAAAUGCCAUAAAGAAAAGUAGCAUUUAUGUGUACCCGGUUGGUGAGUGUGCAUUCAUAUCUAAAAGUGAAAAUGAAAACUGUUUGCAUAACUGAGGAUGAAUGUUUUUAUAUUAUUCUACUUAAAAGAUAUUUCCUGAAAAAUGAACGUCCCAAAGAUAAUUUAGAAGUUUCUUGCUGUGUAUUUAAAUUUUUUAUGAUGAUAAUUUCUAAAGUUUUUAAAAACUUGAUAAACAUUACAAAUAUAUUUUAUCCACAGGCAGAUCUCGCCUUGAGCCUGUUGCCAUCAUUAUUCUAUCAGUCAUCAUGUCACUGGCCUCCUUGGAGGUGCUGAUUUCUGCUGUCAGGAAAAUGGUUGGAUUUGCUAGCAGCCUGGAGGGUAUUGCUAACUUUGAACUGCCAACUGUGAUCAUCGCAGCCAGUACCGUCGGUGAGCAGUGAAAAAAAUAUUUUGAUUGCAUGAUGGUAAUAGGUGGGAGAGACUACAAUAGGCUAGGUGAAAGGAAAUGAGCAACAAAAAAAAAGAAAAGAAAAAUGACGAUAGAAAACAACAGAGUCGCAAGAAGCCUUUUGGAGCGAAUAAACAACAGUAAAACCAAUAUGUAAUUAAAAUAAACAUUUAGCUCCUAUGCUUUAUCCGAGAGAUAAAUCCUCAGUAAUGUAUGUUGCAAGAGACUCUGUGUUUUUUAAAAAAGAUGUAAAUGUGUUAAAUAAUUUCUCCUAUACAGUUGCAAAAUUUGUUUUGGCCCUGUCAUUUUACCUCAUCAUGAAAAAGAAGAAGCUGCAGUCGGGCCCAGUCGAUGCUCUUAUACAGGAUCACCGCAAUGACACUUUAUCAAACCUGGUUGCCAUUGCUUGUGGAUAUUUUGGUAAGUUUAGUAGAUCAUUUCAACCUGAGUUCCCAAGUGAACUAGAUGUUUGGGAGAAACUGGCUAAAUUUAUAAAUCAUGCUUAUCAAUAGCUGAUUUUUCUUUUAAAUUUCACCCGUUUCCAUUUUUUUUCUGUCCAUGAGAUUUGUCUCUUUUCUUUCCCCCAUCUUAGCUAACGCCAUUAAACAUGUUUUAUUUUGAACUAAUUUUUUUUUUUUUUUUUUUUUUUUAAGACGAAGGUUAAAAACUGAUACGGAUUGAUUUCUGAAUCCUGGGUGUGCUUGAAAAACCCCUUUUAAUACUUUUUCUCUUCUGGCACUAUUGUCUAAGGCCUUACAUUUUUUUUCUGUCCAUGAGAUUUGUCUCUUUUCUUUCCCCCAUUUUUGCUUGCGCCAUUAAACAUGGUUUAUUUUGGACUAAUUUUUUUUUUUUUUUCUUUCUUUAAGACGAAGGUUAAAAACUGAUACGGAUUGAUUUCUGAAUCCUGGGUGUGCUUGAAAAACCCCUUUUAAUACUUUCUCUCUUCUGGCACUAUUGUCUAAGGCCUUCAAUAACCAUCACCACAACACUCUCCUUGCAUGAGUUAUGCCAAUAUUUGUGCACAAUAGAUAAAGCAACACUUUAAUAAAAACACCAGUUCUUUAAUAAGUCCAUUGCUCAACAGCGUCUAAUCAAUACAACAUCACUGCUCACUUUAUAACUUAAAGGACUAAACAUACUCUGACUACUAACACUAAACGUGAACACCUGGGCUGCUACAAAAACUAAACGUGAACUCUGGGGAACCAACCAUCGUCUCGCACACGCACCUCAUAUUCUCACAAACCUGUUUAUUGUCCCUUCAACUCUCGACCAGUGACAGUUGGACAUAAAAUCAAAACUGAGAUGGUGAAGUAAUGCUGACAACAAAAGCACUAAAAAAAUGCUGAUUCUCAUCACUCGACGGAUUUGUGCAGUUAAAGUUGUCCUACAAACCUUUACAUUUUACCUACUUUUUAUGCCAACGGGCUCUAGUUGACAAGUCUGUAGUGGCUUGUCGACUAGAGAGGCACUGCCACCGAUCCCCAGGCGUCCCCUGGGGAAGAAAAGGGCAGACAAAGGCCAUGCAUAUUAACUGCCUAAAAUGGAAGCACCUAAAGGGCUACUGACUAUGGAGGUCUACAGUCGGAAAUAAAGGCAGAAACAGGGUAGGGAUCAUAAUUACAAGUUGCAGCUAAUGGAUAUGAGGAAAGUGGUGAAGGUGCAAAUCCCUAGCCGAUGUUUAUAUGUAUACAGCUAUUGAGGAAACUGUUCCUAUGCAACCUGUACGUCCCAGCUGCUUCUUGAAUUAGUUGCGAGGUAGAAACCCACUGUAGAAACCCUCUUAAAGGGCGUCCGAUGCUUCCCCGGGAUGGGAGGGGGGAAGAUAUUAAGAUAUAAAUGUACCAUCCUGAUCCCUCUAGGAAAGUCACCUGCUGACGCUUUAAACACGGCGUCAAUGGCCAACCAGAUGUCCUUGGGCUGGGGUGGCCCCCUUUGGUAAACCUAAACCCGAUUGAGGGGAUGCGGGCGGGAGCUGUCCUGACAAAGGGAGAUCCCUAAAGUGCCGCUUUGCAAUCCGGUAUUAGGGCUUGGGGCGUGCUUUGGGGAAGGUAUGAAGAGCUUGAUACGCUCGAUGGCUCCACUGACGUGAUUUCCUAAUGUAUCAUCUACUGUUUAUAAAUUUACUUAAUGAUCAGAAGAGUCUCUAUUAUUGGUUAGUAUUAGAUGGUUUAUGACCUGUAUUACAGGUGUGAUUAAAACUUGCUUCAUAUUUACCUCCAUUUUUUUAAUCACUAUAAUCCUUGUUUUUUAAACUUGUCUUCCAGGCUCCCAGCAAUUUGCAGACAGAGUUCACACUAAGGAAGUUGCAUACGUGGAUCCGGCUGGGGCUAUUCUAAUUGGCCUCUACAUCAUUAUCAGCUGGUGGAAAACAGGGAUAGGUGAGUUGCAGUGGCUUUUGUACUACCCUGUACUCUGUAUAAUUAUUUCCCAACUAGUCUUGAUCUGAACCAACUGUGUUUGAUUACUGAAUUCUUUUGUUGACAGCUCAGUUAAAGAUGAUUACAGGAUAUACAGCAGAUCCAAAUUUCCUCAGUCAGAUCACAUGGAUAGCUCUUAAUCACAGGUAAUCAUUUUUGAUGAUGACUUUUUUCUAUGGUUAACAAUUUUUGUGUGGAAUGCUUUGUUCUAGAAGUAUUUUGAAGAAAAAAAAAUCAAUUGAUAUUUUUAGUUCCGUUCUGUCAAUUUUGAUAUUUUUUUAGAAAUAAUCAUUAAGAUCUUUUGGGGUCAGAGCUAGGCACUCUUUACAGCCCCUGUCAUUUCAUCUACGAUUAAAUAAGCAGUUUCACCUGUGCAGUUAAAAUAAAUGCAUAGAAUUUGGAAGAUAAGGCAUGCAUACUGAUUAUCAACAGUGGUCGACUUGCCCACCUCGGCUGCUCUGCUAGUGAUAUUUAGGCCGUCCGAGCCAUGCUGCUUAUAUUUAGGUAACCUGGGGCGCUUCUGUGGGUGAUAUUUGGGCCUCCUCUGCACGUAAUAUUUGGGCUGCCUGGGCCAGUCCUGCAGAAAAUAUUUGGGCCACCUGGGCUACUUCUGCAUUACAAUAACACUUUCGGAUUAAAUCUCUAUUUACAGUUUAUGCUCAAUAAUAAUAUUAAGAUAUGAAAUAGAUAAAGUUCAUGAACGACUUAUGUGUUAAGUCAGGAGUCAGCAACCUUCUUUGAGUGAAGCACCAUUUUAUAAAUUAUAUCAGGUAAUAAAACAUUUAGGGAGCCCCUUGUAGGUUGUAUUGCAACUUGAAUACUUUUUAAGGAUUAAAAACAAAACAAGAUAACAAAAAAAGAAUGGGAAAUGCAAUCAAUUAAGUGUGAAUUGGAACCUGAUUUGAAUUGCAAACAUAUUCAAUAUCACUACACCAACCCCCCCCCCCCCCCCCCCCAAAUGACUUUUAAUUUCAAAGAAAUCAAACAUAUGUUUACAAUUGUUGAUUGUUGCCUACACAAUAAGAACCAUUUACUCUGUGUUUGGUGUGAUAAAUCAAUAUAUAACUCUAAAGCUAAAUGUAUUCUUUCUUAAUAUUUUUCCUAGAUUUUCAAUUUAUCAUUCAUUUUAUGACAGUCUCCAGUGACCUUGCUGAAAACAACACCACCACCCCACCAUCCCAAUGGAAAACAAUAGGGCCGCUUUUGAUUUUUGUUGCGGACAGCUUAGACACCAGUUCACCACUGGUUAUCUCUGCAUAAUUUUAUUAAGAUGAUUCAGCAAAUUUAACUCAUCACUUGCACUUCUCUGGUGCAAAUAUAUUGGUUGGACAAGAUAAGCACAUAAAGUCUUACAGUGUGUUGGCUCACUUUUUUCUUUUUAUGUUUAUACAUCAAAAUAUACAACUCAUGCCUCCAACAGUCCUCAGAUAUUGAAUAUCGAUACAGUCCGGGCAUUUCACUUUGGCUCAAACUUUUUAGUGGAAGUGGAUAUUGUCCUUGACGAGGACACAAAGCUCUCAGAUUCACAUAACAUUGGAGAAAGCUUGCAGGUAGGUUGUUGCCUCUGGGCUUAUACUGCUUUAAAGUAUGAAAUUUUGGAGGUAAUGGCUGCUCAACCAGCUGGAUUACUUAUUAUCACUAUGUUAUUGGAAGAAAUGGUGCGUUUCUAACAGAUUACUCGAGGAAUUCUUUUAAUUCAAAACUACACAGCCACAUAUGUCAAGAAAGGAUCAGAUGAAUGAAUGGAAAUUGCUUUCUAUAAGAUUUAUUAAAAAAAGGCUUUUAGUGGGAAAAAAAAAAAUAAAAUUACAUUGAAAUGAAAAUCUUCAAGUUAAAACGAUGUCCUGAAAAGAAGUAACGGUAAAAGGGACAAUUUGGAAUGUGAGAAAAAGCUAUUAUUUACAGUGUUUAUCUUAACAUAGUGAAAUAGAGUUCAUUUUGUACUUUAUGGCAGUAUAAAAUGCUAGUGUGACAUUUGAAAGUGUAAGCAAAUCAUUAUUGUUUAUAAUAAAAAGGUGAAAUAAAUGCCAUUCUUGGAAUUAAUUGUUGGUCAUGUCAUAUUAAAAACUCAUGUCAGUAUGGGUGACAUUUAUUUUCUUUAAAUUUAUAAAAUUCUAUUAUUUUAUUCAUACCUUAUUAAAAAAUAUAUGUAUUUUCAAAUUUAUAAAAUUCUAUUGUUUUCAGCAAAAAUUGGAAAGGCUAGGUAAUGUUGAAAGAGCAUUUGUGCAUGUUGACUACGAGGUGAGCCACCGGCCUCAAGAAGAACACUUAAUCAGUUAAUGUGGAGAAACUCAAAUGAAUUCAAGUUGUGUAGGCAACUGCCUACUCAAGCCUUCAAUUUAUUCCUGACAGUCAGAAAAUCAAACUGAUUAAUAGAGAGAGAAAAAAAAGUGUAUAGAAGUAAUUUUAUUAGUUUUUUUUUCUUUUUUUCUCAAAAACUUUUUAGAGGAAGGCGGAUCUACACAAUCUCAAUUUUAAAAAAAUUAUUUUUAAUACCAGAAAAGUAAAUAUCAAUAGUACAACUGAACUAUACAGAAACAGUUAAUGCAACAUCACUAACUAUUUGUGACAUGUGUUAAUGUUGUAAUUGGAUUUUAAUGCAAAGGGAUCAGUGAGAAAUCCUAAUGUCUUUCAAAUGCUAGGACAAUAACGAGAACCAUAAAAUACAAAUAUCUUUCUUUUAUUAUUGUAGGGGACACAUGUGAUGCUGUAAGUCUAUCUUUAAUUGGUUUAUCUCUAUUCUUGGUUAAAAAAAAAUAAAAAAUUGUCUCCAAGAAAUGUCUGCCAGCUAAUGUGAAAUCAUCUUCAAUUCUCU